AUGAAAUAUGACAACUGUAUCUCUAUUUCACAGAACAUAAAGUUUCCUGCUUUGGCUGCUACCUUGCUGAAGACUUCCAUUAAUGUUUAUAUUGUCUGUAGAGAUUUGAAUCUUAGACAUACCACCAAAAUGGAAGGAAAAAAAGAAGUCAAAGAAAAAAAGAUCGAAGUGGAGGUUAUCCCUCUUUCUAGUGGUUCAAGUACUGUAUGA